UUGUUCAGGCCGCGCGCUUCCUGUAUUGGUUAAUUGGAAUCGCCAUUCUCACAGUUCAGGUUUGUUCAGGUAGUCGAUCAGGGCUCGUGAUCCGACGAGCUGCUCGAAUCACGCAUUAGCUGCUCCCGACAGAGAAUGAUAGACGGAUAUAGAGUUACAGGCGGAGGUUACAGCGAACAUGACGGCCAUCUGUGGCUCCACUUCGCUCAUCGGUACCUGUGCCCUCUCGUGUUUUGUCUUCUUAAUGUGUUCCACGUUCACCGGAGUCGUAGCCGAGCCACGAAUGACCUCUCCCCUGCCUCAGCCCACGUCGAAGCAGAGAAGUUUUCGGAACCAGAGCCAGAAUAGUAACGCUAGACACAAAAGUUCGUACCACCGCCCGCUGACCCCCGAGCAGAAGGCGGACCAGAACCUGCAGUUCAUGCUGAGUCUGUACCGGAGCGCGGCCGAACCGGACGGCAGGCUCAAGCAGUACCGGAGGUUCGGCUCCAACACGGUUCGCAUGCUGAAGCCGUCGGUCCUUUCUCAGCACCACCUGACUACCUCGAAAGAACACCACUACACCUUCACAGUAGAGUACAGCCUGGACUCCCUCCCACUGGAGCAGCUCAUCCGAGCCUCCUUCCUCCACUUCCGCUCUCUUCCCUCCUCCUCCGGGGCCCACGGGGCCUCCCCCCUGCCCCCGUGCAUGGCCCGGGUUGCCUCCCUGGGUGUGACGCACCACGGCAGCCGCCCUCCUCCGGGGGAGAGUGUCCCCCUCCAGCUCCAUCACCAGUGGACCGAGACGGACGUCACGGCUCACGUCAGCCGGCACAUCCUCCAGAGAACCAGCCAGACCAGCCUGACCCUCGUGGCCCAGUAUCGGUGCACCGAUCCGGGCUACGCCGACGGAGCAGGGGACUACUACUCCUGGCGGAGCGAGGAGGCCUCCCCGUCGUGGAGGAGGAUGAUGUCGAAGCAGGGGUGGAGGAUGCGGCGGAGGAGGAGGUGGGGCCGCCCGACGGGGGACGCGGCCGGCUACCACCUGGGGGCUCCGUCGCUCCUGCUGUACCUGGAGGAGCAACGGGAGAGCCAGGAUUGGAUGAAGGAGCUGCUGGCGGGCGAGGGCGAGAGCGUGGCCCGGCUGUGGGGCCCGCUGAGCUACGCCUCCCACCACCACCACCAGCGGGCUCCCCGCAGCACCGAGGAGCCUUCGGACGAGUCCCUGCUGGGCGCCAGAGCCUUCUCCCCCGAGGCCCUCAAAGACGCCGUCGCCGUUUCCGCCUCCUCGUCGUCCAACGCCUCGUCCGAGUGGGCGGGCGACACCUACGAGGCGGUGCCGGGCAGGCCCGGGUACCGGCGCAAGACGAGCCUGCCGCGCAACCGCUGCCGGCUGCACUCGCUGCGGCUGUCCUUCGAGGCGCUGGGCCUGGGCCAGUACUUCAUCGCGCCGCCCGUGUACAACCCGCGCUACUGCCAGGGCGAGUGCCCGCGCGUGCUGCACUACGGCUACCACUCGCCCAACCACGCCAUCAUCCAGAACGUGAUGCGGGAGCUGGGCGUGAGCGAGGACGUGCCGGCGCCGUCCUGCGUGCCCUACAAGUACAUGCCGAUGAGCGUGCUGGUGCGGAACAAGAAGCGCGUGGAGUACCGCGAGCUGGAGGACAUGAUCGCCGAGUCGUGCACGUGUCGCUAGCCGGGGGGGGGGGGGGCGGGCGGGUGGGUUGAGUGCGUGCGCCUGUCGGAGGUCAGGAGGUGAGGAAGGACUUUUGACAGGUUUCAGGGAAGAGGAUGGGGAAAGGAUGGAGUGACGUUUUUGCUCGACACCAGAGCAGAAGCUGACACGAAGGAAGGGCUCAUGCCGUCGCCGUUUCCUGAACACUGGGGUCGAAGAAGGGGAUUGGCUCGUGCUAUGGGUGGGGCGUCUCAGCACUGUUGUGUUAAAGCACUUUAACCGAACCCUGAAUGUAAUUUGGGCCUGGUAAGAACUAUGGGUCAGAUGGUAUAGAUGCAAGGGCCCAUACGCGUGUCUUGAGCUAGCACGAGGCUCCUGCUCGACUUUGCAUGAAUUUUAAAAAUAACAGCACAAGUUUGAAUCCAACUGGUACGGGUUCUCUGCUGCGAUGCUAAUGUGUUGCUAGCUAGAAGACAGCGGUACUGGCUUCAAUGCACUUUAACAGUUAGAGAUUUAAGAAAUGUGUCUCGAGACCUUCCAUAAACAAGUCUAAGCUGUCUGUUGAUUCAAUUGAACAUUUAAAAACAUAAACAUAAAAAUAACAAAAAUAUGCAAUCUUUAUUUAGUGUUAUUAAGAGGGUGUGUGCAAUCUUUUUAAGAUGGAGUAAAGUGUAACCAUCAGUAUUGAUACAAACGUUCACCGAAGUAAUUACUUACCACCUUGCUUUAAUCGUCUAAAGUGAGAUAUUUUAGAUUCGUAAACCUCUUAAAGCAUUAAUGUUGAUUUUGGUGAUAUGCGUUUGUAGUAUGGAGUCAUUUUAGAAACUGGCUUGUAUUUGUGUAAGAUCCGACCCCAUCACCAAAAUGGACGCUUUCUCCACCUCCUGCAUUCUAUUCCUGUCUUUUUUCCCUUUUUUUGUUAGCGUUUGAUUCAUUUAAACAUGUUAUAAAUAUACAUAUAUAUAUAUAUAUUAUAUAUAUGUUAAUGUUUUCUUUUCUUUCUCUUUUUUUUUAUACAAAGCAUGAUUUCGUUUUAUGGAGGAAAGACGUUUCUGAGGUCAUGAGGCAAACCGGAAGAGUUUUUUUGGGGGAGAAAAUAAUGGUUCCGUGCUUAAUCUGCUGUGGACCCCAUUGAUCCGCAGGUUUUGCCCUCUUAAUGCAGCAACACAGAAAGCUAGUAGUGUGCGUUCUGAGCAAAGGAAAAAAUAAAAAAAUGAAUCCUGGUAGAUUAUAUUCCUCAUGUAUGCUGUGUUGUAAAUCGAUAUUUUCUUAUUAUGAAAAAACUGAAUAAUAAUUAAAU